AUGCUUUGGUGGCAUCUUCUUUUAUGCAUUAUUUCUAUUCACAGAAUUGUUUAUUUUGUUCGGUCACAAGAUGAAGAUGAAGAGACAACAACAGUUCCUUUAUCAGCAACUACAUAUGAAAUUGAAGAAAAGUUAAUUGAACAUGUUUCAUUAACUAUACCAAGCCGUACAAUUACCGAUUUUAUGAGCAAUGAAAGUCAACAAAAUGUUAAUCAAAUUUAUUUAAAUGAAUCAUUAAAACAACGUAUUAUCAUUGCUCUUGCUGUUCUAUGUGCAGCUCUUGUUGUUUUACUUGGUUUUCUUAUUUCAAUGGUUGUGUGUCAAUGGUUACAACAUGAUAGAGAUGAAGAGGAUUUAUCAAAUGAAACAAGUAAAUCACGAACAAAUCUAGCCGAUUCUUCAUACCAUUAUUAUAAUCAUGCUUAUCGACAAACAGUUAAGCUUUAA